CCUCUCCGGAGUUUCCAACUUCUCUUUUUGUAAGUCAAACAGGGUAACUUACAAAAUUGCAUAAAGGCUGUAUUUCCUCAUAUGGAAAUGCUUUAAAAACUGUUACAACUGAAUACUUUUAGUGCUAAGAUGUGGCUGAAGUGCGGGUGCACCUCAAAGUGCGUAGUCUCUGUCCUCAGUCGGCAGGUCUUCAGGUCUUAUGUCCAGGGUUGGGGGCGGAGGAGGAGAUAUAAUGUAGCGGCGUUCAUGCCGGAGGCUGCCGGGUUUGAUGGUGUGUCGGACCGUGCUGCUCUGCAAGACUUCUCGGUCUCCAACAGUGAGGGUUUCUGGGCUGCAGUGGCCAGGCAAAGACUGAGCUGGAUUAAACCUUUCAACACGGUGCAGGACUGUGAUCUGAGCCGGGGGAAGGUCAAGUGGUUCGAGGGAGGAAAGCUGAAUGUAUCCGUUAACUGUCUUGACCGCCAUGUGCACACCUGUCCUGAGAGGGUGGCUCUGGUCUGGGAGAGAGAUGAACCAGGGACAGAGGUCAAGGUCACCUACAGUGAAUUACUGAAGAUGACAUGUCGCCUGGGCAACCUUUUGAGGCGACGUGGUGUAAAAAAGGGGGACUGCGUCACCAUCUACAUGCCCCCCUGCCCCCUGGCUGUGGCGUCCAUGUUGGCCUGUGCCCGGAUCGGCGCAGCACACAAUGUGGUGUUUGCAGGCUUCAGUGCUGAAGCUCUCGCAGAGCGCAUCAGAGAUGCCGAGUCGACCACGGUCAUCACGGUGAACCAGGGCGUCAGAGGGGGGAAGAUUAUUGAGCUAAAGAAGACAGUGGACUCAGCUGUUGAGAACUGCCCCAAAGUGCAACAAGUGUUUGUCGCUAUGAGAACAGAGAAUCCAGUAAUGAUGACAGCCAGGGACAUCCCCAUGGAAGAGGAGAUGAUGAAGGAGGAUGUGGUCUGUGAGCCAGCUAUCAUGGACAGUGAGGACAUCUUGUUCAUGCUUUAUACAUCAGGCAGCACAGGGAAGCCUAAAGGACUCGUCCACACUCAGGCUGGAUACCUGCUGUAUGCUGCACUCACACAUAGGUAUGUCUUCAGUUACCAUGAUGGUGAUGUGUUUGGCUGUGUGGCAGACAUUGGAUGGAUUACGGGACACAGUUACUGUGUUUAUGGGCCACUUACCAAUGGGGGGACCACUGUCCUGUUUGAGAGCACUCCUAUUUACCCAAAUCCAGGACGGUACUGGGAGAUGGUUCAGAGACUGAAGAUAAACCAGUUUUACGGGGCUCCAACAGCCAUCCGCCUGCUUCUAAAGUAUGGAGAUGAAUGGGUGCAAAAAUACGACCGCUCCACCCUCAAAACUCUCGGCUCUGUGGGUGAGCCUAUCAACACUGAAGCAUGGGACUGGUACCAUCGAGUGGUGGGGGAUGGACGCUGUCCUGUGGUGGACACCUGGUGGCAGACCGAGACAGGUGGCAUCUGUAUCACCCCAAAGCCGUCCGACCCAGGCGCAGAGAUUGUCCCCGGCAUGGCUAUGAGACCCUUCUUUGGCAUUAAGCCCGUGCUCAUGGACACUGAGGGUAAAGUGCUGACUACCAAUGACACAUCUGGAGCUCUGUGUAUCGCUCAGCCUUGGCCCGGUAUGGCCCGAACCAUUCACAACAACCACCAGAGAUUCAUAGAGACCUACUGUCAGCCUCAUCCUGGUUAUUUCUUCACUGGUGAUGGCGCCUAUCGCUCGGAGGAGGGCUAUUACCAGAUCACUGGCCGCCUUGAUGAUGUCAUCAACGUGAGCGGCCACAGGAUUGGGACUGCAGAGAUCGAGGACGUGGUGAAUCAGAGCUCAGCAGUAGCAGAGUCUGCUGUCAUAGGAUACUCGCAUGACAUCAAAGGAGAAGGUGUUUACGCCUUUGUGGUGUUGAAAAAGGUUGUGGAUAUUAAAGGGGAGAAUCUGUUGCAGCAGCUAAAUGACAUGGUAGCUAAAAAUAUAGCCAAAUAUGCCUGUCCAGAUUACAUCCAGAUUGUAAAGCGUCUGCCAAAGACACGCUCAGGUAAGAUAAUGCGCCGGGUGCUGAGGAAAGUGGUGGAGCGGGACUUGAACAGGUUGGGUGACCUCAGCACUCUGGAUGACCCUGCAGUCGUUCAAGAGAUCAUCCAGGGCCACCGUGAGCUCUGUGGUAACCAUAAGGAUCAUGAAAUGAAGUGAUUAUUUCUGAAAACCCUACCAUUUUUAGUGGACCUUCAGUGUGAUGUUUCAACAUUACUCUAUUUGACCUGUGCAGUGUAUAGAACUAUUUUAAUGGACACUUAUUUUUUAUUUUUAUGGUUCAUAUGAUUUUUUUUUUUUUAUAAAAACCAUGUGAAGGAUUUUAAAACUGUUUGUCUAAUCCACAGAUGUACUCUGUUAUUGAAAGGUAUUACAAAAAGCCAAGAAGAUUGUUUUUUUUUUAAUUACAAAAUGGGAACUUUUUUCCCCAGUAAGUGACUGUAAACAUAAAUCUCAUAAAGGCACACAGAGUUA